GUCAGAGCUCGUCCUCUCCUUCGCCGUUAGGUCUUCGGUUCGCGCGCCGCCGCCGCCGCCACCGCCGCCGAGAGGGGAGGCCGCCGACUUCAGCAAUGCCGACGAUCAACGUCGGCCGGGACCUGCUCCACGUCGCCCUAGGAAGGACAUACACGCAGGAGGAGUUCGAGGUGCUCUGCUUCGCAUUCGGCAUCGAGCUCGAUGACGUGACCACGGAGAAGGCCAUUAUGCGGAAGGAGAAGCACCUGGAUGACGACGGCGAGGUGGACGCCGACGAGGAGGUCAUCUAUAAGAUCGAGGUCGCCGCCAAUAGGUAUGAUUUGUUGUGUCUUGAAGGAUUAGCAAGGGCCCUCCGCGUUUUCGAUGGGACCGAAGCAGCCCCUAUGUGCAAAAUUUCUUCCAUCCCUCGCAAUUCAAUGAUUCAGAUGUUUGUUAAACCACAGACUUCACAGAUAAGGCCCUAUGUGGUCUGUGCUGUCCUAAGAGGGGUAACUUUUGAUGAAGCAAGAUAUAACAGCUUCAUUGAUCUUCAAGACAAACUGCAUCAAAAUAUUUGCAGGAAGAGAACUCUGGUGGCUAUAGGUACCCACGAUCUUGACACUCUGAAAGGACCCUUCUCAUAUGAGGCUCUUCCACCGCAAGAGAUCAACUUUGUCCCAUUAAAGCAGGAGGAAAGCUUCAGAGCUGAUAAGCUGAUGGAAUUCUAUAAGUCAGACAUGAAGUUGAAGAAGUUCUUGCAUAUAAUUGAGAAUUCACCAGUAUACCCAGUUAUUUAUGAUAGCAACAGGACUGUAUUGUCUUUACCUCCAAUCAUCAAUGGUGCACAUUCUGCCAUCACCUUGAAGACAAAGAAUGUGUUUAUUGAGUGUACCGCUACCGAUCUUACAAAAGCAAAGAUUGUUCUCAAUACAAUGGUCACAAUGUUCUCUGAAUACUGCAAAAACAAGUUUGAAGUGGAACCAGUUGAAGUUGUGUCACAUGAUGGAACCAAAACCAUUUACCCUGACCUUUCAUGCUAUAAAAUGGAGGUUUCACUAUCUGAAAUUGUUGGCCCCAUUGGCAUCUCCCUAGAUGAGACACAGGUUAUUUCCCUUCUGAACAAAAUGCAGUUGCAAGCUGAAAGUUGUCCAUCAAAAGGAGAACCUCGUAUUGCAGUUUCUGUCCCUCCAACAAGAAGUGACAUUCUGCAUGCUCGUGAUUUGGUGGAGGAUGUUGCUAUAGCUUAUGGUUACAACAAUGUGCCAAAAUCAAAGCCAAAGUGUAUGACAAUAGGAGGAAGGCAACCAUUAAACCGUUUCUCUGAUAAACUUCGUGCUGAGGUUGCAAGAGCUGGUUAUAUGGAGGUGCUCACAUUUAUCUUGUGUUCACGUGAAGAAAACUUUGACAUGUUAAAUAGGACACAUGAUGUAAACAAAGCAGUUAUUAUUGCGAACCCACGCACUUCUGAAUUUGAGGUUGUUCGAACCAGUCUGAUGUCAUGUUUAUUGAAAACACUGAAGCAUAACAUAGACCAUCCAAGACCCAUAAAGAUAUUUGAAGUUGGCGAUGUUGUGACAUUGGAUUCGUCACGUGAUGUUGGUGCUUCUAAUAAUCGCCGACUUGCAGCUUUGUACUGUAAUAGUCAAUCUGGAUUUGAGGAAAUUAUGGGUUUGGUAGAUAGAAUUGUGAAAGUUGUGAGAGCUCCUCAUGUCAAAUUCGGCCAGAAUUACUAUGUUCCUACAAACGAACCUGAAUUCUUUCCAAAAAGACAAUGCAAAAUUGUUACGAGUGAUGGCAAGCAGAUUGGCUACUUAGGAAUCGUCCAUGCCGAGGUCCUAAGGAAAUUCGGUAUUCCAGACCCCUGCACUUUCGUUGAGAUUGACGUGGAGGCUUUGUUAUAAUACCAUCCAUUGACAGUCGGGGUAUGCUUCGUUCACUUGGCAUGCAUGGAGUAUCUUACAGGUCGAGAUCUGAGUUUUGAACACCGCAUGUGUUUGUAGCAUUUAUACUUGCAGCUUUUUUGUUCGGGUAGAAAAUAGAAAAUGGCGAUGCUCUUUUUUUUUUUCAUGUCAGAAAAAAUUGAAGGGGUCUUGGGGUCUCAUGUUUACCUUGUUUCUGUUCUUCACACCAUUGCUGGCACAUAUUUCUUAUGGUAAUCCAAAAUGAUUUUGUGAA